AUGCCGGCCGGGCUCUCCUGGCCUGAGGCGGCGGCGCUGGCGCUGCUGGUCCCGGCUCUGCUGGUCGUCCUGUGCCGGCACCUGUGGGCGCUGCGCUGGAGCCUCAGCCGGGACCGCGCCAGCGCCCUGCCCCUGCCCAAGGGCUCCAUGGGCUGGCCAUUCUUCGGGGAGACCCUACACUGGCUGCUCCAGGGCUCCCGCUUCCACAGUUCCCGGCGGGAGAGGUACGGAAACAUCUUCAAGACCCACCUUCUGGGCCGGCCGGUGGUGCGGGUGACAGGCGCUGAGAACAUCCGCAAGAUCCUGCUGGGCGAGCACACUCUGGUCAGCGCACAGUGGCCUCAAAGCACCCACAUCAUCCUGGGCUCCCAUACUCUGCUCAGCUCCAUCGGUGACCUGCACCGCCAGCGCCGCAAGAUCCUGGCCAGAGUCUUCAGCCGCACCGCCCUGGAGAGCUACCUGCCGCGGAUCCAGAAGGUUGUGAGCUGGGAGCUGCRGGGCUGGUGCAUGGAGCCAGGCUCCAUCGCAGUUUAUUCUUCCGCUAAAACCUUAACUUUCCGCAUUGCAGCUCGGAUUCUGCUGGGGCUCCGCCUGGAGGAAAAGCAGUUCAAGGAGCUGGCCAAAACUUUUGAACAGCUGGUGGAGAACCUCUUCUCCCUGCCCCUCAACAUACCCUUCAGUGGGCUGCGCAAGGGAAUCAAAGCACGGGACAUGCUACAUAAGUUUAUGGAGAAGGCUAUACAGGAAAAACUGCAGAGAAACAACCCAGAAGACCACAGCGAUGCYCUGGAUUUCAUAAUGAACAGUGCCAAGGAGCAUGGCAAAGAAUUCACCAUGCAGGAGCUAAAGGAAUCAGCAAUUGAGCUCAUAUUUGCUGCUUUUUUCACCACGGCUAGUGCUAGCACCUCUCUGAUCCUCCUGCUACUGAAGCAYCCCUCAGUGAUUGAAAAAAUAAGGCAGGAGCUGAUGUCCCAUGAGUUGUACCAGCAGUGUAAGUGCUGCCCUGCAGGACCCUGCCUGGACACCCUGAGCAUCCAGAGCAGGGACAGAGAGAAACCAYUUUUCCACUCUGUGGCCAAAGACGUUCACAAGGACCAGAGCCAGCCCGCAGUGGAGGAAGAUUCCCUCGAGCCCAGUGCCCUGCUGGAACCCACUGUGGCCCCGAGCAGCCCCUGCACUGGCCUCCAGCUCCCAGCACCAUCAGGGCAAAGCUGUCACUGYGCCUCAGACAUCAGCCUGGAGAAGCUGAGCCGCCUGCGCUACCUGGACUGCGUGAUUAAGGAGGUGCUGCGGGUGCUGCCCCCAGUCUCCGGAGGCUACAGGACGGCACUGCAGACUUUUGAGCUUGAUGGCUACCAGAUCCCCAAAGGCUGGAGCGUCAUGUACAGCAUCCGUGACACACAUGAGACAGCUGCUGUCUACCAGACCUCCCCCAGCAGCUUUGACCCAGACCGCUUCAGUGCCGGCCGGCCGGAGGCUGCGGGCCGGUUCCACUACAUCCCCUUUGGCGGUGGAGCACGGAGCUGCAUUGGGAAGGAGCUGGCACAGGCCAUCCUCAAGCUGCUGGCCAUUGAGCUGGUCAGCACGGCCCGCUGGGAGCUGGCCACCCCUGGCUACCCCAGCAUGCAGACCGUGCCCAUUGUGCACCCUGUCGAUGAUGGGCUGCAGCUCUACUUCCACCCCCUGCAGCCCAGCCAUGGCCGUGAGGCCUGAGCCAGGGGUAUGUUGUUCCCUCAGCCCUGGAGCUGAUGCCCCUCCACAGCUGCCGGGAGCAGGUCUCUGCUGCCCCAGGCUGGGUAAGCUACUGGGUCACAACAAAACCCUAAAGGUCUUUCUGUUUUUCCCCUCCUGGUGUGUGGGCUGGUAGCGUGUGCAGGGUACAGCAGUAGKGUGUGUUGCAGAGCCCCACUCCUGUGCACUGGGGUGAACCUCAGCCCCAGCCUGGGGGCAAAACCCACUGAAACUGCUGGCAGGGUGUAAAUAUCCCAGCUACCAGGGAUGGGGAGCAAAACUCCCAGACCCACAGUAAGGCUCCCAGGGCUAUCUCCUGUAGGUGUGUUAUAGGAGAGGCAGGAGGAACAUCCUGCACGCUGUAGCUUUUUAGAUGCAAAAAGAGRGAAGAUGGGAGACUCUGCAGGAAAACACAAGCCACACUGCCCAAUCCACGGCAUCAACUCUAGCUAGAAUAAUAGGGUGUAAAGUGGUUUUUAUUGUAAAUAUUUAAUCUCAUUCAUGCACUUCCCAUUAGAGCUGGCACAAAGAGAGUAUCUCAUUCAGUCAGUAGUAGUAGCUGUGUAUGUUGUGCUUGAGCACUGUGCUGCUGCUUGGGCUCUGCCACAGAGCCCGCUCUGGGUUCCCUGCAGGUUAUGCUACCCAGCCACAGCUUGUCCACAGGAUUGGACUGAAGCAGGGGAGGGGGCUUUGGAGAGCAAAUGUCUAGAAAAYUGACAUUUCUGAAUAUGUCUGAUUUGUUGUAGAAAGUCCCUUGUUCCUGAUGAUGCUGUUCACAUUGCAGAGGGGACAUUUGCAGUGACAAAGGCCCCAUGGUAGCUGGCUGGCUGGCAAGACUGUGUCACUUCUGUCAGCCCAGCUCUGCCAGGGAAAGAGCCAAUCAGGACUGCAGUUCCACGGGCCCAUCUGGGGGUGGUACCUGAGGCUAAGCUUCRGGCACCUUUUUAGGUGGCUUUUGAGUACUCCCACAGGGUAUUUCUCUCCCAAGUAAAAUAAAAUUGAGUCCUGUUGUUUGUGUACCUGUUUGUGUACCUCUGAGAACAGAGCUGAGUCUAGGUCCUUGAUCCACAACGUGUUUAUAAGUUUAUUUCARCUUCACUUCUACUCCCCACUGUCAUGCAUCCUGUGUGAAUGYAGUGGGAAAAUAAUGCUCAUUUCUCCAGAACCAUGCCUGGUGGUGGAGUGUGUUCUGUGUGAAGAACCAACUUGACCUGUGAGGGCCAAAACAUGGCAUGAAGACAGUGUCUCUUUGAAAAGGCUCUGGGGAGCUCUCCGAUCUCCUGAAACUCUGUCAUCAUCCUGCUUCAGUGCUACAGAUGACCUUGCCCUGGCCAAUCCCCCUCGCCUGUCCGUGCUGGGACACUGCAGCAGGGCAUGUGCCAGGUUAGCUGUCUGAGGGCUGUGCAGUGACCACCACGCUACCUCGGGCAGAAACCUGGCUCCCAAACGUGACAGGUCAAAUCUGGAAGAGGUUGAAUUGCAGGUCUGAGUUAAGUGCUAUUGGCAAGUCGACCCUGUAGUGAACCAGAGCCUCUGGCCCUCCUGACCUUGUCCUGAAAGGUGAAUCUUUUUGCCUAUCAGAGGUGAAAUCAGUAGAUGGUGGCUGCAAGUGGCAAUGACUAAGUUUAAUUAGCAAGAGCUACUGGCUGGCUGAGACCGCAGGCGAUUCAGGGUCCCACCACCGGCAGGGCUUGGGCAGGGCUGGGCCUGCAGCAUCUAGCACCCGCUGCUGCUCCAGCAGCGCACUUAAAAAUUACCCUGAGCGCUAACGAGCACGCUGAAAAAUGUAACAUGAAUCUAGUUUAAAAAAAAAAAAAGUCUUGAAACUGAUUUUGUUUGCAGAUAAACACGAGCAUUUACAAAUGAAGUGUAAUAAUUGUUACUUGUAAUCAAAGUUUGUUCAUAUUAGGCUGUUAAUUUCUUGACCCCCUUCCAAGAUGUUUUUAAUUAUCCCUUUCACUCUUUACCAUUUGAUUCUUUUCAAGCCGAUGGCUGGGGAAUACACAGCUGGGGAGAUAAUAAAGCCUUCCUGUGGCAAUUAUCGGUGCUCAGGCCACCGUAUCUCGUUAUUUUGAUAGACAGUGAACUUGGCGCGGUUGCCGGCCGGGUUCACGCAGAUGUCACGGUCCGUGU